AUGGCCGAAGAGGGCAUCGCCAAUCGCUAUCAGGUGCUAGAAGAACUAGGCCCUUUGGAGUUGUGUACAAGGGCAUCGACAAGGCCACUGGAGAAGUUGUGGCGAUCAAGCAUGUGCGCAUUCCCCAUUGAUCUUGAGUCUAGCGAAGAUGAUAUUCAAGAAAUCCAGCAGGAGAUCUCGGUGCUCAGCACCUGCGCUAGCAGUUUUGUCACACAGUACAAGGCCAGUUUCCUGCGCGGCCACAAGCUGUGGAUUGUCAUGGAGUAUCUCGGCGGCGGGUCCUGUCUUGAUUUGCUCAAAGUUGGUAUCUUCAACGAAGUCCAAAUCGCCAUCAUCUGUCGUGAGCUGCUACUCGGCCUUGAAUACCUGCACUCCGAGGGCAAGAUCCACCGCGACAUCAAGGCAGCCAACGUGCUGUUGUCGGAGUCCGGCAAGGUCAAAUUGGCCGAUUUUGGCGUCGCAGCUCAGCUUACCUACAUGAAGUCGCAACGCAACACCUUUGUCGGCACCCCCUUCUGGAUGGCCCCCGAGGUUAUUCAACAGGCUGGUUACGACUUCAAGGCCGACCUCUGGUCUCUAGGAAUCACCGCUAUCGAGCUAGCCAGGGGCGAGCCACCACACGCCAACCUCCACCCCAUGAAGGUUCUCUUCCACAUCCCGAAGAACGCCCCACCCCGGCUCGAGGGCAAAUUCAGCAAGGAGUUCAAGGACUUUGUUUCACAGUGCCUCGUCAAGGACCCGGACUUCCGUCCCACCGCAAAGGAGUUGUUGAGGCAUCGUUUCAUCCGUUCUGCCGGCAAGGUUGAAGCCCUGCAGGAACUGAUCCAGCGCAAGCGCAUGGCCGAUGUCCGCGCCGACAACGCCAAACACCCGGUGUACUACCAGGAAACCCUUCAUAACAUUUCACCCAGGGACGAUGCCGACGAGUGGGUGUUCGACACGGUCAAGUCUGUCGUGCCCGCGAGACGGGGCACCGUGCGAUCCAGGAAGUCGUCGUCCGUCUAUGUCGUCGAGGACGCGAUGAGCAAGCUCGAUCUCAAGGAUGGGCCCCUGCAGCCUAAUACGCCAGGGACAGUCCGCAAAGCGACAGCACGCCGUCAGCCCUCAGCCACCGUCGUCCGUCGCCGUGCUUCCAAUGGUGGCUCCCCGCGGCCCUCCCUUGGUCCCAAGCGGGCCCUACAACCCGAUCUGUCGUUCGGCAACUCCGGAUCGACCAUGCGCCUCUUCCGCCGCGUACCCUCCGACGGCUCCAACUCUGGUAGCGGCAGUGCCGGGGGCACCUUUGGGGGAUCAACUCCACCCGAGUUCGCCAACGAGAACCAACCUCCCCCGACAUACCACGCGCCCGUAGAACCCAACAGCAAAGAGGCCCUGCUCGGCCGCCGUCUGUACACCAAAGCCCUCGAGCCGUGUCUUGAUGAGCUUCACGCCCAGACCGCCGGCUCGUCGAAACGCGAGGCCCUCGCCCGCUUAUCAGACGCCUUCUCCCUGCUCGAUUCCGUCGAUCCAGAGGGCGCAUAUCACCUGCUGCGGAACCUGGUCUCGGCCGUAUCCCAGGACACGAAACUCACCAACGCCUUUUUACCACAGCAGCAACAAACCUCCUCUUCGACCAAAACACCCUCUCCAACCGACAGCACCGCUUCGCAGCAGCAACAAGGAACCGUCGUAAUCAAAUCCCGCCCGUCCACUGCCACCACGGCCACGGCCCCCAGCACAGCAGCCACCACUCUCGUCGGCACGCCGCCUCUAGCAUCUGCAGUCGAACCCGCCCUUACCGCCGCUGUUGCUGCGGCUGCUGCCAAUGGAGGCGGCAAACCAGGCAGCCCUUCCAAGCUCAUCAUCAGCCGCGACAACCCGCACCUGAUGAGCCACCGUCGUCGCCGCGGAAGUAUGCUCCCACAGCCGACCUCGCCGACCUCGCCCAUCAUGUCACAGUCACCUUUAGGCGGGAACCGAUUUCCCGGGCAACAAGGGCGGGGGGAGAAGGAACGCGAGCGCGAAAGGGAGAGGGAGCGGGAACGGGAACGAGAACGAGAGAAAGAAAAAGCGCUCGAGGCCAAGUUCCCCGGGCGCGCUGCCCGGCCUGGCAUGGAGCAUUGUAAGGCGCUGUCGGACAUGUUGUAUGCCCGCUGGACGGAUGGGUUGAGGGCGCGAUGGGGGGUUAUGGCGGGGUAG